AACCCUGCGCUUUGUUUGCAAUUGUGGAAGCUGAGUCGGCUUUUGAUAAAAUUCACCGUAGGCGUUUUUAAUAAUUUGUGAAUUGAAUCUAUCGUAGUUCCAAAAUGGGUGUGGAAACCAAGAGUGGUAGCAGUAAUCUCGUUUCGGCAGUGAUAUCCUGCAUACUGAGUUUGGUCAUAUUCGCCACUAUGCGGUUCUAUUCCGGUUGGAUCACAGAUACCCAAAUGAAUACAAUUAUUGGUGGAUUCAUUGGUUCGUGGUUAUUUGUGUUCGCGCUUACCGCUGUGUCGAAUAUGGAAAUGCUUGUAUUCGGCAAUGACUUCCAAGCCAAGUUCAUACCGGAAAUAUUGACUUGCUUAUCGCUGGCUACAGUGGCAUCCGGGGUGGUACAUCGAGUUUGUGCCACAACAUGCAUUAUAUUUUGUAUCGGCGCUUUGUACUUUAUAAAUCGCAUAUCUAAUAAAUAUCACAAUAAAAAUGCUAUUGCCGUAGAGCAAGCGCCUGUUCGGCGGGGCGGGGGCAAGAAAAAUAAGUAAAGCGUUUACAUCUAGUGGCCAACUACAUUUUGCAAACGAUAUGCCUUAAGCGUACUUGUGUUGGCCAUGUCUUUUUAAGUAUUUAUUUAAAAAUUAAAUUGUAUUACUCAUCUCAGUGAACAUUCGUAAAUAUGCCUUCUUAAGCCUGCAAUCUUGUUAAGUUAAACUUUUUGUAAAAUUUUAAUUAAGAAAAUAAAAAAUUAUACUUAACUUGUCAU